AGAAAUACAAGAAAAGCGAAAAGACUGCAAUUUCUUUUCGUUUUUUUGUUGCUGUUAAAAAUAAAUUUACAAAAAGAGAAAAAGAUUCUGUGUUUUUUUUCUGUGAUCACUUCUUAUAUAUGAGAAACAGUUUCCAUUUUUAUUACAAAAAGUAACUUUUGAAAAUAUGGGUAGUCAUGGGGAUAAUGGAAGAGGAAAUGUUGUGAUUAUGGCCAUAUUGUUGGGUCUCAUAAGCAUUGUGUGUGUGAAUGGUACAAUUAUUAAUUACAAAGAAGCUCUAACCAAAUCCCUAAUCUUCUUGGAGGCUCAAAGAUCAGGCAAACUUCCUCCUAACAAUAGGGUUCCGUGGAGAGGUGAUUCUGCUCUUGAUGAUGGCAAACUCGCAAAUGUGGAUUUGACGGGAGGGUACUAUGACGCAGGAGACAAUGUGAAAUAUGGUCUUCCAAUGGCGUUCACGAUCACAACGCUGGCUUGGUCCGUCAUUAAGUAUGAAAAAGAACUCCAAGCCGCUGGAGAGCUCGAAAACGCUCGUGCCGCAAUCCGUUGGGGAACGGAUUAUCUCCUCAAAUGUGCUUCUCGCGAGAACCACCUCUAUGUUCAGGUUGGUGAUCCAAACGCGGAUCACAAGUGUUGGGCUAGGCCUGAGAACAUGCAAACGCCAAGGACGGUGUUGGAGAUAAGUGAUAAAGAUCCUGGCACAGAAAUCGCGGCCGAAACUGCCGCUGCAAUGGCUGCUUCCUCCAUCGUUUUCCGCCAAAUCGACCACGCCUACUCCCGCCAGCUCCUCAACAGAGCCAAAUUGCUCUUCAAGCUAGCCAAGAGCCACAAGGGUACAUACGAUGGAGCAUGCCCUUUCUACUGUUCUAACUCCGGUUACAAUGACGAGUUACUAUGGGCGGCAACAUGGCUAUACAAAGCAACAAGGGUUGAGGUAUACCUUAGCUAUCUCAAAUUUGAAGCCAUAAGUGCUUAUGUCGCUGAGUUUAGCUGGGAUCUCAAAUACGCCGGUGCGCAGAUGAUCAUUCUCGAGCUGAUAUUCGAAGGCGCAAAAGGACUUGACAUAUACAAACAACAAGCUGAUAGUUUCAUCUGCUCAAAUCUCCCGGAGAGUCAGUACCACCAAGUCUUCACUACCCCAGGUGGUAUGAUUCACUUGAGGGAUGGAGCGAACACUCAAUAUGUCACGGGCACAGCCUUCUUGUUCUCGGCCUACGCCGAUAUUCUCCAGAAACACAACCAAAAGAUCACUUGCGGAAGCAAACAAUUUGAUUCUACAAAUCUCAUGGCUUUCGCGAAAAAACAAAUUGACUACAUAUUAGGGCAUAACCCAAGAGGACGAUCGUACAUGGUUGGGUUCGGACCAAACCCGCCAAUGCAAGCCCACCACAGAGGAGCGUCGGUGCCAGUGGCUGAAGGCAACGAGCCAUUAAGCUGCCCAGUGAGCUUUGUGAAAUGGUUCAACAAGAACGUGCCUAACGCUAACGAGCUGACAGGAGCCAUCGUGGGAGGACCCGACCGUCAAGACAAUUUCCAAGAUUUCAGGUGGACCUCCGCUUACACGGAGCCUUGCACUUACAUCAACUCUAUCGCCGUGGGUGUUCUCGCUAAGCUCGCCGCCACGGCUUAAAGUCAUAUAUACCACAUUUGAUACAAAAGUAUUAUUAUUCUAGGUUUCCUCUGCCUAAUAUAUUUGCAUACGCCUGUGGCUAUUUAUUGUGAAUCUAUUUUCAUUCUUUUUACCUUUGUAGGUAGAUUUCUGGAAAUAUGGUUUCCCGAAAAUAUAAAAUUGUCAUGGGUAUAAUAAUAUGCCCUGAUGAUAAAACAAUAAUUAAGUGAAAUUAAUGAAUAGCUGGAAUGGUAAAUUCAUACCAUUUCACGAAUAUUUUUUGGA